GAAUAGAGCCUGCCCCAGACUGAACACAGUGAUCACUCAGCUGCAGUACAGUGGAGUUACACAGCAGUGAGGAGUGACAGCGCGCGCGCACCUCACUUUCGGACCUUGUGCCACUUCAGCAGGACUUUUGGGGCGCGUUCCCGUGACCGGGGCGCGUUCCCGUGACUCCACUCAUCAUGGCACUGCUCUUCACAUGGCUUUGGGAUUGUUUUUCUGCAUAAGCGCCCAUAAGUUCGCGCGAGCCUCCGCCGCCUUGACGCACGAGGAAGCAACAACACACACCACCUGUUACAAACAAACAAACAAACAAACUUGUCCACGGAUACAUGCGCGCGCGCACGCACGUGUGAACACAUCACGGUUGGAUCGCCAGCUUUGACUUGAAUCGGUGUCUGCGAGGCCAUGUGACAUCCGAAGGAGUUUUGUUUUUGUUGUUGUUGUUGUUGUUGUUGUUUUCCCCUCUCACUGUGCCAGCGGAUCGCGCGCGCGCGCACGGUGGACAGCGUCAGAGCGGUAGAAUGAGGAAUGAAGCGCGUGCACGAUGGCGCGAGAGGACUCGGUGAAGUGCCUGCGCUGUCUGCUUUACGCCAUCAACUUACUGUUCUGGCUAAUGGCCCUGUGUGUGCUGGGAGUGGCUGCGUGGCUUAGGGAUUACCUGAACAAUGUGCUCACCUUAACUGCAGACACCAGGCUGGAAGAAGCAGCCGUCCUCACAUACUCCCCUGCGGUUCACCCCGUUGUCAUCGCUGUGUGCUGUUUCCUAAUCAUUGUGGCCAUGGUGGGCUACUGUGGCACGCUGAAAUGCAAUCUGCUACUCCUCUCCUGGUACUUCGGCAGUCUGUUGGUGAUCUUCUGUGUGGAGUUGGCUAGUGGCGUGUGGACAUAUGAGGAGCCAUCAGUGCAAAGGUCCGAUAUGAUCAGCCUGAAGUCACGUAUGCCUAAUUACGGCCUGCAGCGCUACCAGUGGCUAACACAUGCCUGGAACUCUUUUCAGACUGAGUUUAAAUGCUGCGGCGUGAUCUAUUUCACCGAUUGGCUCGAGAUGACGGAGAUGGAGUGGCCACCUGACUCCUGCUGCUCCAAUCAGUAUGCAGGCUGCGCUCGCCACGCCCACUACAGUGACCUGAGCGACCUUUACCAGGAGGGCUGCGGUCCCAAGAUAUACAGUUUCAUCCGAGGCACCAAGCAGCUGCAGGUCCUUCGCUUCCUGGGUGUGUCUAUAGGUGUGGCACAGAUCCUGGCCAUGACUUUGACUCUCACGCUGCUCUGGGCGCUCUACUACGACCACAAACCUCCUGAUCCUACUCCACCAGAAACCCUUACACAUACACACUGCCUUGUCGAGGAGCCCCAAAAACCUGGACAUGGGAACCUACGGACAUCUGAGACCUGGGCUAAUGGACAUAGCCAGUUUGAAAUGGAGCAGCUUUCCUAGCAGUCACUGAAUCACUGUAUAACAUGAAUGAACGGUCCAGUUUCGUUACAAUUCUCUACAGCCAUCCAUUGCCGCUGUUAUGAAGAGUUAGCACCUCUGCUUUUUUUCUGACAUAUCUAAAGCAUAUGGAUCUUCUUCUGUAGACUGGAACCGCAGCUACAACGGGGAUGAGGUUGCAGGGAAGAUACAGCACCUGAUACAAGGAUAUACAUUCGGAUGCUGUAGAACACUCACCACGUAACCUUAAAAGCUCUAAACACUCAGACUAAGUAACCAAAGAAGAUUGUUGGAGUGUAUCCAAGCGAAGCUGUUCUGCUUUUCCUCCCAGAACCACUGAGAUAUAGAAGAUACGUACGAGGAAGUGACAUGAUUUUACGUUCAUUUUAUGUUACCUGACAUUUCAGGAUUUAAAGGACUAUAAUCACUAGACACGCACAUACACUUGGGUCUUAAUGGUUUUUUUAAGGGUGUAUUAAUGAUUUCUCUUUUAUUCUAAGCUUUAUUAUUAUUAUUAUGAUUAUUAUUAUUAUUUGAUGUACCUCUACAUGUCUUAAUUCACUAGCACUGUGAUAUAAAUUAUAGAACAGUUCUAGAUUUAGACAAUAAAAUGUUAAAGCAGUGGCUUUGCUAUACGAAAGAUU